AUGAUGCUCCCUUCCGAGGUCCUGAUCCUUUCAAUAUUGGCCGCAAGCUCCGCAGCCCACUUUUCACCGGUCCUGCAAGAUAUUCGUUCUGACUUGCAGUCUUCAAGCGAUGUGAACUGGGCACAAAUCCGUCUACCCGGUGGCACAAAGCUACCGAUGCCGCGUGAUGGCUACCAGUGCUACAUCAGCAGCUACCCUAGUCCUAACGAGUGGCUAUCGUGGAACCACCUAUGGGACCUGAAUCGAGAGCAAGUGCUAUCCAGUAAUGGAGGCGACACCUAUAUUCAACAUUACGUCRAAGAAGGGAUCCUCCAGGUUGCGAGGGAGAGCGAAGUCGAUCCACGGCUGGUCCUUGCGGUUGUCAUGCAGGAGACAAAAGGCAAAGCCGGUGGUGAGUGCGAGGAAGAUCAAAACUGUGGCAUCAUUCGAGGAGGGCGGAGCUUUGAUGAUCAGAGGCCGAAGGAAUCGAUUUUGAGGAUGUUGCGCGAGGGUGUCAAAGGAGCUUCAGGUCGACCCGGAUUGGCAGAUCGCUUGGAGAGGAGUUAUUCACCUUAUACUGCGAUGUGGAGGUAUCAUCAGGACCGCAAAUCUAUUGAAAGUCCAGCGAGUGAGAUGCGGUACGUCAGUAAUGUUGCCAACAGGCUGUCAGGUUGGAAUGGCAGGGGGAAGGGCUUCGAAGCAUGCGGCCGACAUUAG